ACACAAGUCCCAAUUCACCCAAACCCCACCACUGACCCAAAAGCAUAUCAACACAAAAUCCAUACCCCCCCCCCCUCCCAUUUCCUCCCAUUCAUCCACGGUCCACCCACCACCGCCCAAAAAACACCACCAUGUCCGACCGCGCCACCCACCGGCGCAUGCUAGCAGCGACAGAGCCAAAACAUUCCAAGCCCUCCACUUACCUAGAUCCUCCUUCCCUGCCCUCUAAACCCUCUUCCACCUCCAACCCCACCUCAAGAUUCAUCGCAACUCAACGACCCCGCACUUCUCAGAGCCUCAUGGACACUCGUUUGCAGGCCAAAUCGAUGUCGGCGUCCAUGGAUUCCUCCAAGUCUUCCCUCAAAUCGAAUCCUCAGCUCAAAUCAUUCGACCCCAGAAUCGAAAAACAGAGCAAGAAAACAAAGGAAUCGGAAAAAUCCAGAAAACCCAAUAAGGAUGUCGUCGUCGUGGUGAAGAAGAAGGAAGCUCAAAAGGGAUUGGUGGAUUUUGAGAAAGAGAAGGAGUUGGAUAGCGGGAGAAGGCUGUCGGUUUCGUCCGCCGGGAGCGGCGGCGGAGGAAGGAGGAGAUCCCUAUCCGAGCCGCAGGUGCAGUUGGCGGAUGUGUUAGCAAGUAAUGGGGUGAGAGUUGUUUCAGCUGAUAUGCCACCAUUUAUGCAGAUCCAUGCAGUGGAGUGUGCAAGAAAGACACAUGAUAGCCUGGAAAAGUUCACCUCCAAGACUCUUGCUUUGACUCUCAAGAAGGAAUUUGAUGGGGUAUAUGGGCCAGCAUGGCACUGCAUUGUAGGAACAAGUUUUGGGUCUUUUGUGACACACUCAGUAAGUGGGUUUCUGUAUUUCUCAAUGGAUCAAAAGUUGUACAUCCUCUUGUUUAAGACCACCGUACAAAGAGCAGACUGAAAAUCUGAAAAGUUUAAGACUUUUUUUAGGGUAGGAAGAAAGUUCUGGAAAGCUCAAGAAUUAAGUCCCUGCAUUCUUCUUCUUUCCAGUGUAAUCAUAUCACUGUUAUAAAACCAUAAAUAUAUGUGUUACAUUUUUCGCUUUC